UCCGCUGUCAAACGGUCACCGCCAGCAGUCGCGAAGGAAACUCCUCCCUGCUGACAACAAGCUCUCCUAGCGCAAUGGUCUCGUGGAUUAUUUCCAGGCUUGUGGUGCUCAUAUUUGGGACACUUUACCCUGCAUAUUCAUCAUAUAAAGCUGUCAAAUCAAAAGAUGUGAGAGAAUAUGUAAAAUGGAUGAUGUAUUGGAUAAUAUUUGCACUGUUCACAACAGCUGAAGUGAUCACAGAUUUAUUCUUGUGCUGGCUCCCAUUUUACUAUGAGCUAAAAAUUGCUUUUAUGGUGUGGUUACUUUCACCAUACACAAAGGGAUCCAGUGUGCUGUAUAGGAAGUUCGUCCACCCAACUUUGACCUCUAAAGAAAAGGACAUUGAUGAAUACCUAUGUCAAGCAAAGGACAAAAGUUAUGACACCCUGAUGCACUUUGGAAAGAAAAGCCUGAAUGUGGCCGCUACAGCUGCAGUGAUGGCUGCCACUAAGGGCCAGGGUGUGCUAUCAGAUCGCCUUCGGAGUUUCAGUAUGCAUGACCUGACCACCAUAGACUCAGACGGUGAAGCAAAGAGUUCUGCUUCAGUCACCACUCAGGCUGCAUCGGGUCAGCACAGAACUCGCGCCGUGAUGCGCAGCAAAUCAGAUGCCGCCUACAGCAAGAGCCCAGAGUUUGACAUAACUGAGUUUGAGAUGUUGAAUGUGGAGCAGUGUGCUUCUGUGGAGCCUUCUUUCCCUCUGACCCGCAAACCCACUCCGAUACCAAGAUCCUUCAGCAAUCCAAGCCAGCCUCUUUCACCCCCUGAGCUUUCCCAGGACAAACCUGCACCCCCUCCAUCUGAGGACCCAGAGGUGCCAAAGGACAGUGAAAAAGAGUGGGGCAUCCCAGCCAACUCAGGCCAACUUGGACUGCUUAAGAGACGUGCCCCAGAGCCUCCUCCUAGAGCUUUAAGACCUCUCACCAGAUCCAGAUCCAAGAACACCCUAUCAGCAAACCCUGAGGCCAUGUGACUGUGCAUAUGCUGUGAGACUGCUUUAGCUGCCUUAGCUGCAACAUGAGGACACAGAAAAAGAGGAGACAGAGAGAGGGGGGGAAUGCACGGCGAUGCAGACAAAAGAUCAAAUAUUUAAAGCAGCCUUGUUCUCUAAUGAGGUAACCAAAGCAACGUGCGACCUUAUUGCGUCUGAUCUUUCACACCCGAGGGGGGAGGUUUCUAUCAAGGUAGCACGUGUAUGUGGCACCAUUUAGAGACUCUUAAACACUUUGUGUUGUACAUAUUUACUGUAUGUGAAGAGUGUAUGUUUGCUUCCUUUUGUUUGUAUGACUUUGGGAGAGACAGAAGCAUGCAUGUCCCUCUGUUGGUCUGUCACGAGAGCAACAUUUGCAACACCUCUGAGCACCUAGGCAUUGUACAGUAGCCACUAUGCUCACAGUUGAAGCGCUGCAGCGACUCUUCUGUGGACUUUUUAAGGCUUCACACCGUUCAGUGCACUCGAAUGGAGCACAAGCGGGCAUGACACCAUCGUCCUCUCAGGAUACGUAGCCCGUUGAUAAUGUCGGUCCACUAACACUGAUAAAUGUUUAUUUACAAAGGGAGAGUGACUUCUACAUGCAGGCUUGUAAUUCUACCAAAAAAAAUUGUAUAGCAAUGAAAAUAUUAAUCGUGUAUAUUUAAAGGAAUUUACAGGACAAAUGUGCAAUGAUAUUAGAUUUCAGCUGACUCUGAAAGAAUGGAUUUAAACUGAGCCACACUGAAGAAAUUUCACCCCCAUCGGCUGUUUGGUUUUAUUCAUGCUGUUAUGAUGAGGCAUGAUACAUGAUUAAAGCCCAUCACAAAAGAAAGAAAGAAAAACGAAAACACAUCUGAUCAGUCAUUUAAAGCAAUGCUUAUUUAUCCAAGGAAAUUCAUGAAUAUUUUAAGUAGCAUUCUUUAGGCAUUUUAUAGUAGCAGUUCUGGAUUAUAUUUACAGCAUUUGGCAGAUGACCUUGCCCAGAAUGACUUACAUUUAUCUCAUAUAUAUAUACAACUGAGCAGUGGAGGGUUAAGGGCCUUGCUCAAGGGCCCAGUGGUGGCAGCUUGGUGGUGCUGGGAUUUGAACUCACAACCUUCCAGGCAGAAGGCCGAUGUCUUGACCACUGAGCUGCCACCACCCCUAACUCACCACGAAUAAUCAUUUCAUUUGGUUUAGUGUGAAUAUUGUUUUAGUUUCUGUUCUAUUUAAAGAACUUUAAUUCAUGUUUCACUUCUCUUAACUGUAAUGUUACAUGAAUUCACACCAAAUGUUGACAAUCUGAAUGUUUUUUUUUCUUCUUCAUAUCAGUCUGGAGUUGUCAGUAUUACUUCAUUUACGUACACUAGUGCUGGAUUAAGCACCGUUCAGAAUUAUAAUGCUGUGAGCUCUGUAACAUACACACGAGAUAGAGAGUGUGGCACUGUACUCAUUGAGCAUAGUUUAGUACAUUCUCAUACAUUUAGCCAUAAAGGGGGUGCCAAGUAGUCCCUUAAAGUCAGAACACUGUGCAGUCAGACUGCUAUGCUUCACUGAGUAAUACAAAUGGGUCACAAUACAACGUCGUAUCACUAGGAUUAUACGUUGUAAAAUUCUCAGUAACACUUAUGUACUGAAUUGUGUCACUACCACUGUUUCCAUGUUAAUAAGACUUGAGGAGAAUGAUGACGAUCUUAUUUUAUGUCACCUCUUUCUUCUUUCAGAUAUCAGGUAGCAAAAGCCCAUAUUGUUUCACAGCGACACAAUUGAAAUGUUGUUUUUUUGUUUGUUUGUUUUUUUAAGUAGAUAUCUUUCUCAGGUACAGUUUGUUAUAUCUUACCACAUUUAAUCAAACUUUACGCAUGAAAGAUGAAAUGUUAAAAGGACAAACAUAAUGACAUGGAAUAUGACACCAGAAAUACAAAAUGCAAAGCAGAGAAUUGAAACCUGAGAUCUGUGAAUUAAGAUUGAUUUGAUUGUUUAGAAGAGCAUCCAGCCGGCAUUAUAUUUGCUCACUUAACAUUUCAACUUUUAAAGAAAUGAAAGAAGUAAAACACAUGCAUGAAAUCUCUUUCCAGCAUUCUGUACAUGUAUAACCAUUUAAGUGCUCUGUGUGAACCACUGUCAGGAUUAUCUGAUGUUACUUUCAUGAGAAGUAGUAUUAGAUUUCGUUGAAUGUUGUUUCAGGAGUUAGUUAUUAAAGGCACAUAUCCCUUAAAGAAAGAAAGAAAAAAACAGGCUAAUUGAAAUAUCAGUGUCUUGAUUAGCCUUCCAAGUCUUUGAUGUUCUCUAUAAAACUGCAACAAGAUUAUUUUUGAGCUGCAUUUCUUUUUAAACUGUGUAUUGUGAGAAAACACCUGCUUCCUUACACAAAUGACAACUGAGCAAAAUUAGUCAUGAUUCAAGUAGAGGAUGUGCCUUUAAAGACUAAUAGUUAUUAUUGCUUUUUAGAAGAUUUCUUACUUUGAAAUAAUGUUCAUUUGUAUUCAUUUGUUUGUUUGAACUCCUUGGAAGAGGGAGAAAUAAAGAAAAUGAGGCUAGGGAUGUACUUCAUAAGGGUGACUAAACCUUGCUUUCCUCCUAAUGAACACACAGCUUGCAGUAAAAAAAAUAAAUUAAAAAAAGCAUUUCAAAACACAGCUCUCAUGUCUGGCAGGCCAGAAAAUCUCUCUUAUACUGUUGAUUAAUGUGGACAAAGAACGAAAAUGGUCUGAUCUCUGUCAUGGACCCUUAAAAUGGAUCUGACGGUGUGUCACCAUCAGUUAUUAAAAAGGGAGA